AUGGCGCCGACAACCAGAUCACAGGCUAAGAUUGCCAAGGCGAAGGACGACCUCGAUGCCCUGCUCAACCACCUCACUUCGUUGGAGACGGACGCGGAGGCGAUGAAAAAGUCGGCACUUGCUCGGUUACUCGCCACCGGCGAUUCUGACAGUGUAAUCAACAAAGCUAUCUCUUCGCGCUCCAUCAUCCUCGCAACUUGCUGGAGUAUGGUCCGUACACCGGGCGGAAAGGUCACGCGUGUGGUGGCCAAGCUCGAAGCGGCCUUGGACGAGUACGCCCAGCGUCUGGAACAUCCCCCGCUUCGUGUCGACAUGUCUCAAUAUUCUCAGAUUGACAACCAGAGAAUGGAGAGCAGCUGCGCUUCCAUUAGGGGUCAUAUGGAGAACAUCCAGGAGGCAUUGGAGAUAAUGAAGUCACUUAUGGAGAUAUUGGGGACGGAAGGGGUUUCGUUUCUCACUCGGCCAGCCGAGAUGCGCGUCAAUCAAGAGUGA